UCCUACUAUAUAUGUUCGGUUGAUGAGAACGAGAAUUUUCCCCCAGAAAGAAGUCUCGCGAAAUCAAAGGACCCUUCAUCCUUCAAAUUUUAAAAGCAACCCCCCGAAAAAAGCAACACUGUUGUCUACUCCUCUCUCCCAUUUCUCUCUCUCUACGCGCGUACACAUAUAUUUGUAAAUUUCUACAUAAUACAACGGUUCUCUCCUUCCUUGUUUCUCUCAAUCGACAAACCUCGUUAAAACCCUAAGUGUGGACAGUGAUGGACGAGAGUGGCACUGCAAACAACGUGGCGCGUGCCAUAAUGGCUGCCCUAGACUGGAGCUCUUCUGCCGAUGCUCGAAAAGCAGCUGUUUCUUACUUAGAAUCCCAACAUACCCUCAAGGAGUUGGUGACCAACGGACGACUGAGAUGAGGAACUUCUCGGCAGGACUGAACGGCAGUGCGGAUUGGCAUCGGAGAAGUGACACCAUGGCGGUGAACGGUUUUAACGGAACAGGUUGGUGAUGGACUGUGAUUUCCCUACCGGUCGGCGGUGACGUGGGCAACAGUGAGCAAGGAUCAGAUUGUCAGGUCACGAUGACCGAAACAACGGACGACGACUGGAAUAUAGCCGACAGAGAGAUUGGAACGGUCGUGAGUAGGGAAUACCCCACCGGCGAUGAUGAUAUAAGGGCCUGAACUUCGGGACAGAGAGGAUUCCGGCGAAGACAAAGGACGGUGACCAAGUGGGUAGCAAGCAAGGAAUGAUUGGUGACCGAACCAGCAACUCCAAUGCACAUAUGACGAGCAAGGAUGGCUAGAAAGAACGGGCAGUGAGCUUGGAACGGCCUGCAAGGAUGAUGAGAGCUGCAAAAAAAAAUCUGAUCUCGAAACUAUGAUGCCGGCAAAGAAGAGGUGUGGCACCGGCAACAAUGGUGAAGCUUGUGGUGCCAUGGUGAACUCGGUAUGAACCGGCGGUGAGAAUGAAUGGGCCGACAAAAAGCAUUUUCUGAUUACGGUGGUGAUCGGCAGCUGUGAGCAUAGAGGUCGUGAAGAGAAAGACUAGGGUGUGUUCCAACGCUGGCUUUUGGGUCUCGGUUAGCUUGAAGGGGUAGUUGGGUCAAUUUAACAAUAUAAGAUGGGCAGUUUGGGAAUGAAAAAAUGAUCUACAGUAAAAUUCCAUGUCCAGAUUAAAGCAGGGGAUAUUCGUGUCUUGGCCAACACAUCGUUUGUUUUAGUCAAGAAGGAUUGGUCUUCUGAAAUUAGGUUGCAUGCUUUCAAAAUGCUGCAGCAUUUGGUGCGGUUGCGGUGGGAUGAAUUGAACCCUUCGGAUCGAAGGAACUUUGCAAAUGUUGCUGUUGACUUGAUCUCUGAAGUGGCAAACCCUUGUGAAGAAUGGGCUUUGAAAAGUCAGACUGCUGCUCUUGUUGCUGAGAUUGUGAGGAGAGAAGGCAUAACUCUUUGGCAGGAGCUUUUUCCGUCUCUAGUUUCCCUUUGCAAUAAUGGUCCUAUACAAGCUGAGUUGGUUGCUAUGAUGCUAAGGUGGCUUCCUGAAGACAUUACAGUUCAUAAUGAAGAUUUAGAAGGUGAUCGGCGUAGACUAUUGUUACGUGGGCUUACCCAAUCAUUGCCUGAAAUUUUGCCGUUAUUGUACACUUUACUAGAGAGGCACUUUGGAGCUGCAGUGAGUGAAGCAGGAAGGCAACAGCUGGAUGUUGCAAAGCAGCAUGCGGCCACGGUAACAGCUGCUUUAAAUGCUAUUAAUGCAUAUGCUGAGUGGGCUCCCUUACCCGAUCUUUCAAAAUAUGGAAUUGUUCAUGGGUGUGGUUUCUUACUUUCUUCUCCCGACUUUUGUCUUCAUGCAUGUGAGUUUUUCAAACUUGUUUCCCCAAGGAAGCGACCUGUUGAUGAAUCUGCUUCUGAAUUUGAUUCUGCAAUGAGUAAUAUAUUUCAGAUCUUGAUGAAAUUCUCUAGAGAUUUCCUCUGUAGAACUAGCUCGGGUGCUGGUGUUAUUGAUGAAAGUGAAUUUGAGUUUGCGGAAUAUAUAUGCGAGAGUAUGGUGUCUUUGGGUUCUUCAAACUUGCAAUGUGUUGUGGGUGAUAGCACAAUACUCUCUUAUUAUAUUCAACAGAUGCUGGGAUUUUUCCAACAUUUUAAGCUAGCAAUUCAUUUUCAAUCUGUACCCUUUUGGCUGGCACUGAUGAGAGAUAUAGUGUCCAAGCCAAAGAUUGUCGCACAUGCAGCUGGAGACAGUUCAGCUAACAAUCUGAGUGCCAAUUCUGGACAUGCUGAUAAUGAAAAGAAGAAGAUUUUAACUUUUGUGAAUGAUGAUAUCUGUACUGCUAUAUUGGAUAUUUCUUUCCAACGCAUGCUGAAGAAAGAAAAACUUUCCCCUAGAGCAGCACUUUCUGUUGGAUUGCUGGAACUGUGGAGUAAUGAUUUUGAGGGCAAAGGAGAUUUUGGCCAGUAUCGUUCUAGACUGUUGGAGCUGAUCCGCUUUGUUGCUUCUGCCAAGCCUCUAAUAGCUGCUGCUAAAGUUUCUGAGAGAAUUAUUACUGUCAUAAAGAGCCUCUUGCUUGCGUCAAUGCCUGCUCAGGAAUUGGCUAUAAUGGAAAGCAUGCAGUUGCCUCUAGAGAAUGUUCUAAAUGCAGUUUUUGAAGGAUCCAAUGAAUGUGGCGGGAAUAGUUCUGAAGUUCAACUGACAUUGUGCACAAUAUUUGAAGGUUUACUUCAGCAACUUCUUUCUUUGAAAUGGACUGAACCAGAACUUGUGGAAGUACUUGGACACUUUUUAGAGGCUUUAGGUCCAUUUUUGAAGUAUUUCCCAGAUGCAGUUGGCAGUGUCAUUAAUAAACUAUUCGAGCUUCUAACAUCUCUUCCGUUUCUUGUUAAGGAUCCUUCAACAAGUACUGCCCGGCAUGCUAGAUUGCAGAUUUGUACAUCAUUUAUUCGAAUAGCCAAAGCUGCUGACAAAAGUCUUCUGCCUCACAUGAAGGGGAUAGCUGACACCAUGGCAUAUUUACAAAAAGAAUGUCGCUUGCUCCGUGGGGAGCAUAAUCUUCUUGGUGAAGCAGUUCUUGUUAUGGCUUCUGCGGCUGGGAUUCAACAGCAGCAAGAAGCUUUGAUGUGGUUACUUGAACCAUUGAGCAAGCAGUGGAUGCAGAUGGAGUGGCAAAAUACUUAUUUGUCUCAUCCGACAGGCUUGGUUCGCUUGUGCUCUGAAACACAGUUUAUGUGGUCACUUUUCCAUACUGUUACAUUCUUUGAGAAAGCGCUUAAAAGGAGUGGUUUCAGAAAAGGCAAUAGAAAUUUUCAAAACAAUUCAACAGAAAGUUCUACCAACUUGCAUCCGAUGGCUUCUCAUCUGCCAUGGAUGCUGCCUCCUCUCCUGAAACUGCUUCGAGGUAUACAUUCUCUUUGGUCUCCACCUGUAACGCAAGCAUUACCUGGAGAAAUAAAAGCUGCAAUGACCAUGAGUGAUAUUGAAAGAAGUAGUCUUCUCGGGGAAGCAAACCCUAAAUUUCCGAAGGGUGCGCUAAGUUUUACUGAUGGAUCUCAUAUUGACAUGAAUAAAGAAGUUUAUUCGGAGCCGAAUGAAACUGAUAUAAGAAAUUGGUUGAAGGGUGUCAGAGAUAGUGGGUAUAAUGUAUUGGGCUUAUCAACAACAAUUGGAGAUUCGUUUUUCAAAUGUUUGGAUAUUCAAUAUUUUUCUCUAGCACUAAUGGAGAACAUACAGUCAAUGGAGUUCAGGCAUAUAAGGCAGCUUGUACAUUCAAUCUUGAUUCCCUUAGUUAAAUGCUGCCCUUCAGAUCUUUGGGAGGAGUGGCUGGAAAAGCUUCUUCAUCCAUUAUUUCUCCACUCACAGCAGAUUCUUAGCAGUUCAUGGUCCAGUCUUUUACAGGAAGGUAGAGCAGAUGUGCCAGAUCUACAUGGCGUACUUGCUGGAUCAGACUUAAAAGUGGAAGUAAUGGAGGAAAAGCUACUUCGAGAUUUAACUCGUGAGAUUUGUUCACUCCUCUCUGUUUUAGCUACAUCAGUACUAAAUGCCGGGCUUCCUUCUUUAGAUCAAUCUGGGCAUGUUAGCCGAAUGGACAUGUCAUCUUUCAAGGACCUGGAUGCAUUUGCCUCAAGAUCUAUGGUUGGUUUCAUUUUGAAGCACAAAGGUCUUGCACUUCCAGCAUUGCAGAUAACUUUAGAUGCUUUUAAAUGGACUGAUGGCGAAUCUGUGUCUAAAGUUUCUUCCUUUUGUGGAGCUGUGGUUCUUCUGGCUAUUUCAACAAAUAAUGUGGAACUCCGAGAAUUUGUUUCUAAAGAUUUAUUCUAUGCAAUAAUCCAAGGAUUGGCACUAGAGUCAAAUGCUAUCAUCAGCGCUGAUCUGGUUAGUCUUUGUCGUGAAAUCUUCGUUUAUCUUUCUGACAGAGACCCAGCACCCAGGCAGAUUUUGCUCUCUCUUCCUUGCAUUACACCCCAAGAUCUGCUUGCUUUUGAAGAAGCUUUGACAAAGACGGCUAGUCCUAAGGAACAAAAGCAGCAUAUGAAGAGCUUGUUAUUGUUAGCUACAGGAAACAAGUUAAAAGCUCUUGCUGCUCAAAAAAAUGUGAAUGUAAUUACAAAUGUUCAAAUGAGGCCUCGCAGUAUGGUUUCCUUUCAAGAAUCCAGAAUCGAUGAAGGGGAUGCUAUCGGAUUGGCAGCAAUUAUGUAAGGUAUUCUCAAGAGCGUGACAAAUUUCUUGUACAGAGAUGAGUUUCUCAGAAGGAGGGUUGCAUCUCUUUAGAGAGAGACAACAAUAGAAAAGCAGCGUUUUUAGAAAUCUAUAUAUAGAGGUUUACAACACAGGCUAUCUCAGUUUGACAGGAUGUAUGAUUCCAUAUAAUCUAAAUGUCAUCUGCUCUUACCAUCAUGAAAUGUGGCUUAUUACUAAUGAAAUGAAUAUGCAUAAUUUUUCUCUUA